ACAAUUAUAGGGUGUCCUCGGCAGAGGAUGAUAUAUUGUCGAGAUGGCUGCCAAUUUUACCAUUAUUUCUGCCACAACUAUUGACCAUGAUCGAGACCGGACUACAUUAAUAGGGCCACGUGGGACACCGGAGAACAGUUACUCCAACCACAUCCCACUAGAUGGACCACCACCAAGCGGCGAGGUUAUCGUUAUUAAUGUCGCUGGAAAACGAUUCGAGACGUACAGGGAGACACUAGACCAGUUCCCAAACACCAUGAUGGGUAACAAGGCACUGUUCGCUCGGUACUGGAACAGCAAGAAGGAAGAGUACUUUCUAGACCGCAACCAAAUGUCCUUUCCGGCCAUCUUGUAUUACUAUCAAAGCGGAGGUGUGAUCUACGUGCCCAACUCAGUGCCCAGAGAGAUUCACCUGGAGGAGCUAGACUUCUACAAGAUACAAUGGCGAGCUCCGGCCGCACCUUCGUUAACCCUCGCUAAAAUAGCAGAGGAUUUAAACAUGGAGGAUCAGUCGAGAUUUCAACAAAUAAGGUGGAGGGUUUGGGAGUUUUUGGAAAGCCCCGACUCCAGUAUUUAUUCGAGGAUAUGGGCGCUGUUGGAUGUGCUCAUAAUCUUGGUCUCGAUAUUGACAGUGAUCCUUGAAAGCAUGCCAGAACUGAAAGGACCUGAAAAUCUGAAGGCGUUUUCGGUCGUAGACACUAUUUGCGUGGCCUUCUUCACCUUCGACUUUCUCAUAAGACUCUUUAUAUGCCCCAGCUUUUGUGAUUUUCUCAAGACACCAUUGAACAUUUUAGAUUUCUUAGCGAUCAUGCCUUUCUAUCUUGAGUUGGCUGUCGGACGGCUGAUUCAGGGCAGUGCCAUGACCGCAUUCAAAGUAUUGAGGAUAUUCCGUAUAAUGCGGGUGAUGAAACUUAUUCGGCACAGCAAACGGCUCAUUCUCAUGGGAAGAGUGAUACAGGAUUGUCUUAGUGAACUGACCUUACUGCUGAUAAUAUGGCUGAUGGGGGUCCUAACCUUCGGGACUGUCAUGUACUACAUCGAGGGCGAGAAGAAUAAUGGCUUCGACUCUAUCCUCCACGCCUGCUGGUGGGCAGUGGUGUCCAUAUCAACAGUCGGGUACGGAGACAUGUAUCCCUCCACCGCCCUGGGUAAAAUAGUCGGCUCCUGUCUCCUCUUCAUCUCUAUGGUGUACCUGGCUCUCCCAAUGACUGUUAUCGUCAGUAAGUUUAACAAAGCUUUCGAAAAGUUCAAAGAAGACGAAGUGGUUUCAGAUCAACAGAAGGAAUAUACUCGAUCCAUCAUCCACGGGAAGUACAAUAACAUCAACAAUGGGACGGAUCCAGAGGAAGCUAAAGCGAUAGAAACUUAAAUAAAAAGAACUGGCGCACUAUGCAGCUGACUGAAAAAAACUUGCGAGGGCAAGAGUUUGUCUCUCGAAUUUGGGUUCCAAGAUUUAUAGAACGAACUUUAUUCAGCCUUCCAGAUAACAUUAACCAAAUACCCUCUCUCAGUAGCUUUUAUACAUGUGGUUAAGAUUUAUGUAAUUUAUUUCCUAGAUAGGUAUAUAUGGCUGUGCUCUGUUGGAUUUAUAAGUUGGGCUCGACAAUUAAGGAAUAGCUUCUUUGCUCAAUUUAAUUAGCGGAAGAUUGGAGCGGAGGAAAAUAGCUCACAGUUAACGUAGGUUUCUAAAUCUAUAAUGUACUAAUAGGGACAGUUCAAAAAGAAAGGACCUUAACUUUAAGUUCUGGACACCAGAUAAAUAAUUAAGAAUAACUGUGGACUUAUAGCUUGGAACUUUGAAAGGGUUUAGAAAUUGUAAAAUUAACAGCACAUAUUGUGUAGAAGCUAUCUUGCAUUUUGAGAUGCUCGUGAUUUUUGCUUCGACUGAAUUGAAUUGUUGAAUCGUUUUAUACCACGACGCUGCCAAACGCGCAGAAUUUGGAGACUUUCAGAUCUACAGGAAAUGUUAUGAUGAUUACGGUGUCUUGGGCUAUUGAAAGAUGAUUUGCCCUCAUCAAUUCCCAAGAUAUAACGCAUUUGGCGGGAGAUUUUACCUAUGUAUUGAUACAAGCAAUUUAUUUUUUACUGAUUAU